AUGUCUCAGGUUGACAACAGAAAUUCAUCAGCCACCAAGCGUGCUAGAACUGACGGUGGUCGCAGAGAAGAUGAUUGGACCUGCCCCAGUUGUGGCAAUGCCAACUUUUCGUUUAGGACAACUUGCAAUAAACGUAAUUGUACCCAGCCCAGGCCCGCGUAUCAUAAUGGAAAGUCUGUUCCGAAGCCUAUUCAACCUCCACAAAACUAUUCAUCAACAGGACCAUAUGCAGGUUCAGGGGGACCCCCUUCUAUGUACAUGGGUGCCUCGCUAUAUGGAUCUUCCCUCUUCAAUGGGUCUUCUAUUCCCCCUUAUGAUGGUCCUUUCUCUGGGGGUUCACCUUAUCAUUUCAAUUAUAGCAGCCGAAUCCCUGCUGGAGCUCCUUAUAGACCACUUCAUAUGUCUGGACCACCGCCAUACUCUGGUGGAUCUAUGAUGGGAAAUGGCAUGUAUGGCAUGCCUCCACUAAUGGAUAGGUAUGGCCUUGGUAUGGCCAUGGGUCCUGCAGCUGUUAUGAUGCCAAGACCAGGGUUCUAUCCAGAUGAGAAAACUCAGAAAAGAGAUCCAACUCGCGAGAAUGACUGGACAUGUCCGAAUUGUGGUAAUGUGAACUUCUCAUUCAGAACUGUAUGUAACAUGAGGAAGUGCAGCACUCCAAAGCCUGAAUCUCAGGCUGAGAUCACAGACAAAAUUUUCAAACAAAAGGUGCCUGAAGGUAGCUGGAAGUGCGAUAAAUGUGGAAAUUUAAACUAUCCGUUCAGGACAAUGUGCAACAGGCAGAACUGUGGAGCCGAUAAACCAGUAGUGGAUGAUGACAAAUCUCCUUCCCCUGCACCAGAAGAGAACAAUCAGGAUUCUUCUUGAUGCCUUGAAUACUUCCAAUAGUGAUUGAGCUUCCAGAUCAUCCGGAAUCUGAUAUUCUGAUGCAUCGUCUCUUGAAGGCAUAUUCUGAUGCAUCGUCUCUUGAAGGCAAAUCUCCUCUGAAUGGUCCACUAAAGAUAGUGUACCAUUUAUUUGGUUUUUCUUCUACCUUGAUGUCGGUAGGAAGUGUAACCUGAUCUAAUACUUUUGUUGUCUGUUCUUGCUUUUGGUCUUCUUCUACUGGUGUUCCACCAAUUGCCUUUAUGAUGAUGUUCAAGGAUUUAAUCAACUCAUCCCUCUCCUCAAAGAGUUUUGAGAGAUUUUCCUGAAUAGUCUUGAUUUUGUUGUCUUUUUGACUGAUUUGAUUCUGAAUUGCUUUGAUUAUUCA